GGUUUCCCUCUAAAUUUAUUAUGAAAUUCUUAUUUAAAAUGUAAUAAUUGUGUACACAAGAUUUUUAAAUUUUGGCGCCAAUUGCAGAACACUGUAAGUAUAAUUAGUAUUCUGCAUUUAAUGUAUAGACGCGCGUCACAGGUGUCGUUAGUAAAAAAAUUGAGUUUCCCAUCUAUAGUGUAGGUUAUCUGUGGAUACACCCAUAACAACUUGAGUAAGUCACAGCUCUUUACAACAACAUGAACGUUUUAAGCGCAGCAUUUUUCGCAACAUUGUGCCUUUUCCUGCGAGUCGAAUGCUUCAAAUUCGAGCAGACUUUGGGCCACAUCAAACCCAAAACCAGCCCCUCCGUCCAAACAAACUCAGUACAACAGCUAGUAGAAAGAAUCUUACCCGAACAUGCUUCCAAGUUCUCCAUCAACGUGGACCCGGCGUUCCUGGUACGCGGAAAAGAAGCCUUCAAAGUGUACAAAAACGGAAAUAGCACCGUGAACAUCGUGGGAACCACCGGCGUAGCGUCAGCCACAGGCUUCCACUACUACCUAAAGUACUUCUGUAACGCCCACAUUUCCUGGGAGGCUUCUCAAUUGAAUCUACCGGAGGAACUUCCCGACGUCGACGUAACUAUAGAUAUGAACGAUAGAUUUAGGUACUACCAGAACACUUGCACGACCAGCUACAGCUUCGUUUGGUGGGACUGGCCCCAAUGGGAGAAGCACAUCGAUUGGAUGGCGAUGAAUUCGUUCAAUUUCGUGCUGGCUUUCAACGGGCAAGAGGCCAUUUGGGAGAGGGUGUACAGGAAAUUGAAUUUUACGCAGCAGGAGAUCGACGAGCAUUUUACGGGACCGGCGUUCCUGUCUUGGUUGCGAAUGGGAAAUAUGAGAGGCUGGGGCGGGCCGCUAUCCAGCGCCUGGCACGAGAGAUCGAUCCGUUUGCAGAAGAAGAUAUUAGAGCGGAUGAGAAGUUUGGGAAUCGUCCCGAUUUUGCCGGCGUUCGCGGGACAUUUGCCUAGGGCUAUCACGAGGAUAUUCCCGGAUGUAAACGUGACCAAAAUGGAGAAUUGGAACCGCUUCAACGACACCUAUUGUUGCCCGUACUUCCUCGAUCCCACCGAUCCUUUGUUCAAAGUGGUGGGUAAAAUGUUUCUGGAAGAGCAAAUCAAGGAAUUCGGAACGGACCACGCGUACAAUUGCGAUAGCUUCAACGAAAUGGAUCCCGCCACCGCUGAUUUGACCUAUCUAUCCGACGUGGGGAAAAGCAUCUUCUCCGCGAUGACCGAGGCGGAUCCCCAGGCGGUUUGGGUCAUGCAGGGCUGGUUGUUCGUCCAUUCGUUUUUCUUUUGGACGCCGAGCAGGGUGGAAGCUCUGCUGACUUCAGUGCCCGCAGGCAAGAUGAUUAUUCUGGAUUUGCAAUCGGAGGAGUUUCCGCAAUUCGCGAGGCUCCACCAGUACUUCGGGCAGCCGUACAUUUGGUGCAUGCUGCACGAUUUCGGCGGUACUUUGGGCAUGUUCGGUUCGGCUAGUAUCGUGAACGAGAACGUAAUCAAAGCGAGAAACGAAGUUAACAGUACGAUGAUCGGUACUGGUCUGACUCCCGAAGGUAUCAACCAGAAUUACGUGAUGUACGAUCUAAUGGCGGAGUCCGCGUGGAGGAAGGAGCCUUCUGAUUUGGGCGCGUGGUUUAGGAAUUACUCUAUAAGGAGAUACGGUAGAGUUAACGAGGAUGUGAUAAACGCUUGGCAGAUUCUGAAGGAUUCCGUUUACAAUUUUAGAGGAUUGAAUCUGAUGAGAGGGAAAUACGCCAUCACCUGGACGCCUAGUUUGAGACUAAACAUUUGGACUUGGUACAAUUACAGCGACUUGUUCGAUGUUUGGGAUGUAUUCGUGAACAAUUCGCGAUAUUUCAAAGACAGUCCGGCUUUCUUGCACGAUUUGGUGGAUAUCACCAGACAGGUCCUUCAAAUAAACGGGGACGUUUACUACAAGAAACUCUUGGAAGCCUUCAGGAAAAAGGACUACGAACGCUUCUACGUUUCCUCGCGCAUUUUCGCGUCGAUUUUCGACGACUUGGAAUCGAUAUUGGCCACCAACGAAGCAUUCUUAUUAGGUCGCUGGAUCGAAUCGGCGAAAAAUUGCGCCAACAACUCGAAGGAGAAGGACCUCUUCGAGUACAACGCCAGGAACCAGAUCACCCUUUGGGGACCCCAAGGCGAAAUUAUCAAUUACGCCAACAAACAAUGGUCUGGUGUCGUUUCGAAGUAUUUUAAACCUCGUUGGGAUCUCUUUAUAUCGUCUAUGAACGAGAGUCUGGUUAAAAACCAACCUUUCAACGAAGGGAAAGUGAGGGCAGCAGUUUUCAAACAAGCCGAAGAACCUUUUACGUUCGACAGAAGCGCUUUUCCCACAGAACCUACCGGUGAUGCUGUGGAAGUGGCCCAGGCGAUUCACGAAAAAUGGAAAUUUUUGUUAAGAAACCAGAAUGAAUUUGACGGUAGGUUGAUUAAUAGGCAACCCAUGUUAUCGUUUAUUUAAAUAAAUAAUACUAAAUUAAAUGUUAUUUACAA